AAAGAGGACAUAAGCAAAACCCUAAACUAAAACCCUAGAAGCUGUGAUUAUAAAAGCAAGCUUCACUCAUUUUAUUUGUACAAUUUGGCCUCCUCCCUCGCUGAACAAACUUCUUCACUCACUCAUAUCCUUCGCAGUCAUUAUGAGACCUCCAAGAGGCCGUGGUGGUGGUGGAUUCAGAGGUGGAAGAGGGGAUGGAGGAGGAAGAGGUAGAGGUGGAGGAAGAGGAGGGGGAGGAAGAGGUUUCGGUGACAGAGGAAGUGGAAUGAAAAGUCGUGGUGGUGGCCGCGGAGGUCCCCGCGGAGGAGGAAGAGGCCGCGGAGGCGGAGGCGGACGCGGUGGAGGAAUGAGAGGAGGAAGUAAAGUAGUAGUAGAGCCACAUAGACAUGAAGGAGUCUUUAUUGGCAAAGGUGGUAAAGAAGAUGCUCUUGUCACUAAAAAUCUUGUUCCUGGUGAAGCUGUCUAUAAUGAGAAGAGGAUCUCUGUUCAGAAUGAAGAUGGUACUAAAGUUGAAUACAGGGUAUGGAAUCCUUUCAGAUCAAAAUUAGCUGCUGCUAUUCUGGGUGGUGUUGAUAACAUUUGGAUUAAACCUGGUGCCAAGGUCCUCUACCUUGGAGCAGCUUCUGGUACUACAGUCUCUCAUGUGUCUGACAUUGUUGGCCCUACGGGAGUGGUCUAUGCAGUGGAAUUCUCUCACAGAAGUGGGAGAGACUUGGUUAACAUGGCAAAGAAGCGCACAAAUGUUAUACCCAUUAUUGAAGAUGCCAGACAUCCAGCCAAGUACCGCAUGCUUGUUGGCAUGGUGGAUGUAAUAUUUUCGGAUGUUGCUCAGCCUGAUCAGGCAAGGAUUCUGGCACUGAAUGCCUCCUACUUUCUGAAAGCUGGUGGCCAUUUUGUGAUUUCAAUAAAGGCAAAUUGCAUAGACUCCACCGUUCCUGCUGAGGCUGUAUUUGAGAGUGAAGUAAAGAAAAUGACGCAGGAGCAGUUCAAGCCUACUGAGCAGGUCACUCUCGAGCCAUUUGAGCGAGACCAUGCUUGUGUUAUUGGCGGUUAUCGUAUGCCAAAGAAGCAGAAAGCUGCCGCUUCCUAGAAAGUAAAAUUAUCGUCGGUCCACAGUGAUUGUCGGUUAAAAUAGGGAUAAAUAGUAUUUUCUGCGGAAGGAAGAUUUUGUGUCCCUAUUAGUAUGUCUAGUUUAUUGUGGAAUUUUUGUUCAAGUGGUUGUUGACAUUGACGUUGAAUUUUAAAUGAUAAGUGUUGGAGGCCUAGCUUAGCAUUCA